GAGACAGUAAAGUAUAAGUACUGCAUAUGCUGUAAAUUCAGGCAAGUUCUUUGGUUUUUCAAAUGUCUUCUCCUUCUUUAAAUACCUCUUUAACGUCAUCGCCCCAGAAAGAAAGAGAUAGCAAAGAACGGGAAAAUCCCGACGAAAACUUCGACCAGUUUGAUGAUGAUGAGCCAGAGUUGCAGUAUGGAUCAACUUCUUCAGGGAGAAAACGUCUUUUCAGCAAGGAACUUCGCUGCAUGAUGUUUGGCUUUGGUGACGAUCAAAAUCCCUAUACAGAAAGUGUGGAUCUACUAGAAGAUCUUGUCAUUGAAUACAUCACAGAAACGACACACAAGGCAAUGGAAACGGGACGGACAGGCCGUGUUCAAGUAGAAGACAUUGUCUUUUUGGUCCGUAAAGACAUGCGCAAGUUCGCCCGCGUCAAAGACCUCCUAACGAUGAACGAGGAGUUGAAGAAGGCCCGUAAAGCUUUUGAUGAAGUUAAAUACGCAGGCGUUUCUUAAUUCUCUUGGGUUAACCUGAAAACGCAUGGACCGUCUCUUGUGUGUAUCCCACAGAAUCAAGCAAUCUGUAAGAAAAAAAUGAUAAUAAACAUUCGUAAUUCUUUUUAAAAA